AAACUUCUUCCUCGUCGGCUUUUCUCACGUUUUCACUGCAGCUUUAUCAAGAACAGGCUUGCUCUGCGAACAGGGCCUGAGGAAGGCGAAAAGAAGUGAGGGAGGGUUUACAAAGUCACGGAGUCAACGCAGAGAGACUCAGUACAGAGAGAGAGGGACAGAGAAUGACACACAUAGUGAGCUGAAGAUUGCAGCUCAGUUUGAUGAAGAAAACAAACAUCCUCUUCAACAGCAGAUGUGCAGCACGGUAAGUGUCUUUGGGUCACUAUAAAACACUCUAGUACUUCUGUAUGGUCUGUAUAUCUUAAUGUACACUACCAUUCAAAGGUUUGGACUCACAAAGGCAUGUUUGUUUCUUUGAAAAAGAAAAAGAAAAAAGAAUUGGUUUAUUCACCAAGCAUGUAUAAAACUGAGCAAAGUCCAGUGGCAUCUGACUGAGAGUUUUCUCUUGACUGUUGUAAAUGAAGCUGGUGUUUGGUUUGAAUUGUUGAAUCGCACCAGUCAGAAGUCUGGUCCUCAAAAUACUUCCCAUGUUCUUGUUCAUCUGAGUCACCUACGAGCCGGUUAGAUUCAGUUUGCCAAUCAUGUAUAGAGCGGCCUUCAUCUAUUAAAAAAAGAGUAAGAUGAACAAAUGUGUUUGGUUGUAAAAAAAAAAAAAAAAAAAAAUCUGACUAGAAAGAGUACAGUGACCUGCAAGAAAUCCAAGUGUAACUUCAUCACCUGAAAAAACAAAUCAGCACAUUCAUUUUUUUUUUUUUUUUUUUCAUGUACGUGGUUUUUCCUAGUUGACAGUUAUUGAGUAGUAACUGCUUUGCCAUCACAGGUAAAAAGUUUAAAUAUUAAUUUCUCAAUUGCAAACUUUUGAAUGGUAAUGUAGUUACAACAAUUAUCAUAUCAUAUAAUAGGCUAUAACAGGCUUUUUAUUUAUUUGAAUGACAGUUUUUUUGUGACCCAUUUAACUGCUUAUUACAUUAUUUGCAUAUCAUUGGGAGAUAUGAGGUAAGGAAGGUGGUGUGGGUAAAUAGGGAUGAAUAAUCUCAUCCACUUCAAACCUCUUUUCCCUGGAAUAAAACUGUGAUAAAGAUUUCUUCAGAAGUGUGCAGUACAUGUGAUAAUACCGUGGUUUUGUCUAAUGGGUGUGAAAAUUACUUUUUGAGAAAGUGUUUUUGCAGUUUAACCUCAAUUUUACAGUUAAUCUCAUAGUUAGUUCACCCAAAAAUUUAAAUUCUGUCAUUAAUUACUCAGCCUCAUGUCGUUCCAAACAUAUCUUCAUUUGUGUUCUGAAGAUGAACGAAGGUCUUACGGGUUUGCAACGACAUGAGGGUGAGUAAUUAAUGACACAAUUUUCAUUUUUGGGUGAACUAUCCCUUUAAAUAGAUGACUAUUGAGACUAUUUGAGAGGACAGCCAUUUGUAGUGGUCUCUGAAACCAUAGUGGACGUUAUUGAGCGCACUCAAUCCCAUAAUGACCCACAAUAACGAGUGUACAACCGAUGUACACUCAACGGCUAGAGAAUACCCAAAAUGCACUAUGUGGGUCGUGCCGUGUCUUGCCUGAAGAUGGCGUCUGCAGCUGAAACAUCCAUCCAUCCAUUUUCCAAACGGCUGCCAGCAUACAGCAUAAUAUCACACAGGUAGAAAUUUCUUUUUAAUUGAUUGUUAAAUAGUUUAAUGCAGGUUUAUACACGACCGAUGACCGAGUUCAAGAUAAAUCUUUUGAAAGUUUGCUAUGUUUUGUAAUGAUUAUUAAACAGCACUUAUUUUAAACAUUUCACUGAAAAAAUCUGACUCGUUCUUGAAUCACACAUCACCACUUUAAGGAAAACAGGCGGAAGUCAAGACUUUUUCUUUUUACAACCUUAGACAGUAAUUUGAAAUGUGCUUUUUAGGUUGAUGUCGAGUGCCUCAUUUUAGCCGGUCAGCCCAGUUAAGUGUCCUCUAAUUUAAUGGACAUCAGUGACCUCUAAACAUCAUUGCCUGUGGAAAUAGCAUGUUGUGUGGCUGAACUAGAAGGACUUAGUGAUGUUAUUUGAUUGACAUCUCAUGCUCCAGCAGAGGGCACAUCUCCAGUUCACCUGGCAUGUUUUGCUUUGUUACUGACAGUGACUGAAGGAAGCCCUGAGGUUGCAAUCCUGUUCGAAGUAGAGCAGGCAUGAAGAAAUGAGAUUAUAGUAUGUCAUAGAGACAUAAAGAGAGUAUCUAUCCUCCAAUGAACUGAUGUAUUUGCAGAUCAAACAGGCCGUCUGUGUGUGCGGGAAGGGAAAUGUACUCAUUUGUUCUUUUGAUUUUAACAUACAAGUGGGUGUUUCUCCUCAGCCUGCAUGGGACUGUCUAUUAUUUCCAGCUGUGCAUGUGUGUGUGUGUGUGAGUAUGGGAUGGAAACUAUUACAGAGCUUUGGACUCCUUAGGCACAGAGAGUUUCAUGUAUGAUCCUGGCUUGCCCAGAAUGGAGUACACACACACACACACACACACACACACACACACGGACAAAGGCUGAGUCACAGAAUCACAGUAAAUUGCAAACGCCCUCCCAGCAGAAACAGAACGGGCUGUAAUCCGUUCCCUCUCUCUGCUGCUUUCUGUGCUGCUCAUUCCAGGGAAACAUCUCCUUACGGCAGUGCGUCUGAGAUCUGAGUGAUUACUGACCAGGAUCCCUGCAGAUGACAUGCAGUCUCAGAGAAGAGUGGAGGUGCAUGACCAUCUCAAUGGCUCGCGGAUCAUUUUCUCGGAUGAGGCUCUUCCUGGCAGUGGAUCCAGACAUCACUUCAUGGCUCCGGAUAUGACCCAGGAAGUAGUCGUAAUCUCUCCUGGUCUUCCUACACCUCCCUCAAGUCCGUUCCACAUCAGCUCAGCCCCUGCGUCUUCACAGCACAAGGUCGCAGAGGUCAAUGGAGGUGGAUACACAAGACAGAGUUUUGGAUCCUACUAUGGGCCGACUCAGACAAAUGUUGGAUUAUCCAAUGGUGGGAUACAGACUGGAGGUUAUGCCACGUUGCCCAGGACAUCUGGCACCCGAGAGGAGCGCUUAAUCAAGUUCUCUGGAAUAGGUCCUGUAGAUGAGACAGGCAUGCCUAUCGCAUCCCGAUCUAGCGUAAACAAGCCCAAGGACUGGUAUAGGAGCAUGUUUAAACAAAUCCACAAGAAACCAGAGGAGCCUGAGCAUGACUGGAGAGAAAGGAAGCUGUCAUCAUCUCCUCCUCCAGAUUGUGGCCAGCAGGACGGGCGCUCAGACCCCUUCACCCUCACCCCUCACGGAGCCCUGCCCGACUGGGCUGAUCUGGGCGACACAGGGAAGCACCCAGAACCCAAGAGUAUUUUUGACUUUGAGCCUGGAAAGGGAGCAGAAGAGGAUCGUAGUCGGUCUCUGAGGUUUGAGUCACAGCUGCCUUCAUAUUACAGCCCAGUGAAACCUCAAUCCCAGCCUCCGUCCAUAGAGGCGACGCUGGUGUCAGAGCUGAACCGCUUUGAGGCGGAGCUGGACUCGGACAUUCGCGGUCUGGAGAGGAAGCUGUCACAGAAGCAGCAGCAGCGGCGAGGCAGGGGUGAGGGAGCUAAAACCAACACAGCAACCAUAAGAACAGAAGACAACAGACAAGAAAACAGCUACCCCAUAAUCCCCUGCUUUGCUGUAAAGCAGGGUACAACAGCGAACUUCAUGCAUGCUGAUGAUCGCAUAAUGUCAUCAGACACGGAGUUCCCACCUAAGAAAGAAGAGAGAAAGAUGAAAGCAGCGCGAGCCAAAUUUAAUUUCCAAGCACAGUCACCAAAGGAGCUGACCAUACAAAAAGGUGAUGUAGUGUACAUACACCGGCAAGUGGAUGCCAACUGGUAUGAAGGAGAGCAUCAUGGGAGAGUGGGGAUCUUUCCCACCAGCUAUGUGGAGAUUAUUCCUCCAACAGAGAAGCCCACACCAAUAAAGUCUCCCACCAUCCAGGUGCUGGAGUACGGAGAGGCUGUAGCCCUGUUUAACUUCAAUGCCGACCUGCCUGUGGAACUGUCCUUCAAAAAGGGCGAGGUGAUCUCUAUCAGCAGGCGUGUUGAUGAUCACUGGCUGGAGGGGCGUAUCGCCGGCACCAGCCGCAGUGGAAUCUUCCCCAUCAACUACGUCCAGGUCAACAAAAUGCCCCGCACUAAAAGCAGUGAUGACUUUCCAUCUUCUCCCAUUCUUACCCCAGAGCCCCUCAGCCCUGGUCGACCACAGCACUCCCCUCUGUCUCCCUUGUCACGCUCCCCCGAACCCCAGCUUUCACCUCACAAACACUCCAGCCAAUCACGCUCCUCACUGUCGCACGCACAGCCCACCUCCCCAAAACAGCCUUCAAACCACUUCCUGUUCUCGCCCACAAACAACCGGACUGGAUCGCUGCACGCUCACAGCCCACUGGAAAAGGACAGCCGAUCACCCAUGUCUCCCUCCAAUCAUGUGCUGACAUCUCCACAGGGCCCGGGACUGCCAGCCAACAGCAGCUCGCACCCUCCGUACAUCACACAGGAUGGGACCAGAACACAAUCUCCACAGCGCAAUGCAGAUGUUAAAAUUCUUUCCACAUCACAGUCUCCUGUGAACAUGGGUUAUUCACGACAACCGUAUAAAGCGGUUUACAACUAUAAACCCCAGAACAAAGACGAGCUGGAAUUGAGAGAAGGAGACAUCGUUCAGGUCAUAGAGAAGUGUGAUGACGGCUGGUUUGUAGGUACGUCUGAGAGGACCCAAGCUUUUGGAACAUUCCCUGGCAACUAUGUGGCACCAGUUUGAGAGCUUCCACCAGUUCUUGUUCACUGACACUACAGGCUCAACCACUAAUCAAUGCAAAAUACAGUCUGUCUGUACUGCCACUGUACACUACACACAAAACCACUGCCCUCCUCACAAACACACAUAUAAAACCAUUAAAACUCCUUCACAUCCUCCACCAAGCAUGUGCACUCCUCACCUUACAGUAUCUCUUGCAGAUGUUGGACACAGAUGGGUUUGACCACUCACGUGUGAUGAAGCCACACUGCAUUAUGCUAUUGACUUUUUCUAAGAUGACUUACUCAAUUUUAACAUCUUUGUAAAGUUUACCUCCAUUUUGGUUUCAGAUUUGUAGCAACAUUGCCAACACUACAUAUCCUGAGGAUCUGGAUGUAAGACAUGGUUAAAAGCGUCUGUUUUUUUCUUUUUUCAGACGCUCAUCACAGUUGUCAUUUAUCUCUUGCGCUGGCUUAGCUGAUCGCCACAUCAUAUUAUAAUCAGUCUUUGCAAUCAUUAUCAAGUGUCUGUAAGCGCUUAAUGCAAUCGUCGCCAAGUGUUUAAUCUGUCUGUAUUAGGUUCAUGUUAACUGUGUAACAAACACAGCGUUCAACAUUAUCUUCAGCUUUAGGACAGGGAAAAAUGGAAAAAAUCUGUUAGGGCUUGAUAUUUUGUGGUGGGUUCCAGCCAGACUAGAUUAAACAUAGUUUUUGACUUUAUAUUAAUGAUUUAAAUCCAUAUGCAAAACCAUAUCAAACUGAAAAUGUUAAUUAAUGCAGGAUCAGUCUUCAGAAGAACAUUAUGAUUUGCAUGAAUAUUCAUUCACAGUGGAAAAAAAAGAGAAAAAAUCUUGAGCAGUAUUUCGUCCUGUUUUCCUGUAAACAUUAUAAAACAUGAAUAAUUUACAUUGUUUAAGGAGCAAAAUUCUACAAGGUAAAAUUUCAGAGAAUAUAUCUUAACCUAAGUUUAUAUAUGUUUUACAUAUGUGAUGUUUUUCUUGUUUUAAGCAUUAAUAUUACUUUUUUAUGCUUACAACAGGAACUAAAAAUAUUAUUUUAUUAUGAUUUUACAGGUUGAAAAUGACACCUUAAAAUGAAGUCUGCUUGUGUUUAUUAUGUAAAAGCACAUGUGCACAGGUUUUAAGACAGGAGCCGGAGGACGUUUCACUGAUGGUUUAUGUUGGCUAUAAAAAUGGUUGUGGAAGACGCCGGCGUUCAUUGAAUUCCAUCAUUAACUCGCUUUGUCUUCUGUUUUUAAUUAUCUGGAAACUGAAGUAGCUGACUGCAUUUUGUUGUACAGAUUGUCGAAUCGUUAUAACACAGUUAUCGGAUAAUGGAAAAAAGAUAAUAUAUUUUUAUUGACACACAGUAUGUAUUGCAGUAUGUAAGGUGCUCACAGAUUUUGAUAAUGAUCAAAUAAAUAAUGAAAAACAUUG